AUGGAGGAGAUAAUGAUGACUGAAACAUUGAGCCGGAUGCGUUCCAUGUCGCGGACGAAUUUGCACUUGGCCCUGUGCAGCUUAGUAUAUGUCGGCAUAAACAUCUGCAACACGAUCCUGAACUCCAUGGCUCCGGAAUUCCGAAGGGAAAACAAGUAUUUCUUCCACAUGAACGAAUUCUGGGCGACCUUCUGCUUCGCCCUUGUUCAGGUCUACGCGCUCGUAGGCUGCCCCAGGGACCUUCGGGAUAUCUUCUCUCGUCCGAACCUUGUCAAGCUGAUCAUGAUCAUCAACGUAGUUGCCACCGUGGUGCCAGCACUACUGGUCACGGCGAGUCUCGAGAACUUCGAAGUUCCAUCCCAUGAGAUUGAAUAUGUCAAUGAGAUAACGAUGGCAGUCGUCGACUUUGUAUUCUUGUACAGCAUGGCCAAGAAAGCCAAGCUCAUGGCAGAUUCGGGCUUGUUCUUCAACCUAGUGGUGACCGCCAUCGCCAUGGCCAUUGCUGUCAGCCAGCUGUGCAUUUACAACGGGCUCCCUGGUGACAUUGCUGAGCAGGUCGCACACUACUUCGAGUUCACUUUU